GCACGGCUCAGCCCGCUUCGUCCUGGCGGUGUAUAUGAAGCAGCUCGGCGGGUAGGGAGCGGAUUUGGAGCCCGGCUGCUGGGCGGGGUUAGUGACCCAGAACGGUACUGAGCCGGUUCUGGUCCCAGAUCAGUUUUCAUCUGCAUCUCCGAUACCGUCAGUUUGAAAUAAAAACAUCUCAGCCAUCGACGGGCUCCAUUAAAAAAACAGCUAAUUUAACGUCGCCUUGUUCGCAUGAUAAUAUAGACGCUGUUGGAUGUGACUGAAGAGAGAUGAGGCCCCUCUUUAAAAACUUGAAUGUUAUUUCAUGUUGACAUUACGCCGAAUUAAGGAGAAGACUAUUAGAUAUUUGGAGGAAUUUCCGCUCUUGUUGUCUACGUUCGUAUUAGCUGGAAGAUGUCUGAAGAGAUUCCACAUGAGGGGGAGCAGCCCCAGACCACUCAGUCUACCCAGUCCACCCUGUCCCAGGCCCAGUCUACCCAGUCCACCCUGUCCCAGCCCCAGUCUACCCAGUCUCCGUCCCAGGCCCAGUCUACCCAGUCUCCGUCCCAGGCCCAGUCUACCCAGUCUCCGUCCCAGGCCCAGUCUACCCAGUCUGCGUCCCAGGCCCAGUCCACCCAGCCUAAGUCCCAGACUGGUUCCAGUUCUUCCAGCGGGCCGAGGUCUUCCAGCGGCUCGGGGACCCUGAGCAGCGUGGACACCAUUCCCGUGACGCUGGCGUCCGUCCCCGAGGAGCCCGAGCCUCAGCCGUGGGGCCGCCUGCUGCCGAUGGCCCAGGGCUUCAGGAGCCUCGACUGUCUAGAGGACCAGUAUCUGUUCGGCCGGGGGUCCAAGUGUAACUACGUUCUGGACGAUCCCGAUGAAAAAGGAUCCAAAAAGUUCAGAAUCUACAGCAAGAAACACUUCAGGAUCUACAGAGAGGGCAGUGAGGUGUUCGUGGAGGACUCCAGUAACACGGGACCCUGUGGGCAGUGCUGGUGAGUAGAAGACAGGAAGCUUCCUCUGACCAACAACGCUGUGCUGGCUGGCUGAGCAACCAACAGAGUCUUUGUGUUCAUCGACCUGAUGUCAGCUGAUGAGUCCAGCUUACCCAGAGAGCUUCAGGAGAAAUCGUUCGGACUUACUAUCCGGCACAGGAGUGUGUGGGGAGUUAAACUGGCCUUAGAGAUGUCGUGCAGGAAGUUUGCCGUGAAAAUAAUUAAUAAGAAGAACUUUCAGUCUGAAGGGACCGCGACGAGAAACGCGCAAACUGAGAUUCAAAUUCUGCAGAGAGUCGACCACCCAUGUCUGAUUAAAACAGAGGAUUUCUAUCAGACGGAGGACAGUUACUACAUUGUGUUGGAGCUGAUGGAGGGAGGAGAGUUGUUUCACCGAGUUAAAUCUCAGCAGCAGCUCGAUGAGUCUGUCGCCAAACUGUAUUUUUAUCAGAUGCUGAGAGCGGUCAAGUACCUCCACAGUGAAGGGAUCAUCCACAGAGAUCUGAAACCGGAGAACAUCCUGCUGUCCUCGCAGGACAACGAGUGUCUCAUCAAGGUGACAGACUUCAACCAGUCCCGGAUCCUGGGCGAGUCCCUGCUGAUGAGGAGUCUGUGUGGGACGCCCUCCUACCCUCCUGAAGUCUUCACGUCCACGUCGGGAUACGGGCUGGCCGUGGACGCGUGGAGCCUCGGAGUCCUGCUCUUCGUCUGUCUGGGUGGUUAUCCUCCGUUCCAUGAAAACUUCAGCCGCCAGUCGAUCACGGAGCAGAUCAUCCGCGGAGAGUUCACCAUGGUGCCGUCCAAAUGGAAACACAUCUCUGACCCAGCUAAGGAUGUGGUCAGGAAGCUGCUGGUAGUUGACCCCAGUAAGAGGAUGACUAUAGAUGAAGCUCUGCAGCAUCCCUGGCUCCAGGAUGAUGUCAUGAUGAAGACGGCUCACAGACUCAUGUUCCCCCCCGACGCUGAUGCUGCUGCUGCCGCCGCUGCCAUGCAGGAAGUGGAGUCAGCCUCCGGGAGGAAACGAGGACGCGGUGAAGGAGAAGAAGAAGAGGAACCUCCAGCCAAACGCAGCCAAGCCCCGCCCCCUGCCCCGGAGUAGACCAAUCACACUCAGCCACGUGUUCACUACUGAAACGCUGUAAAUAAAGUUUACAUUGAUUGCUAAUAAAGCCUUUUAUGUUUUCCACUC